GAAAGAUAUUUGUGAAAAUGUUGUUGAUAUCGUUUGUUACCUUGAUAUUCUAUGUUUUGAGCACAGCCAAUGGGUUUUAUUUUUUUUUAAAUGGUGGAGAUAGGAAGUGUUUUUACAAAGAAUUGUCAGAAGGGACAAUUUUAAUGGGAAAAUACAAAAUUGAGGUGUUCGAUACUCGUAUUAAUGAUUAUAGGGCUACCACAGUGGACAUGGGCUUAGUUAUCGAUGUUGAAGAAGUUUUCGAUGAUGACCAUAAAGUUGUUCAUCAGAAGGGACAGCAAGGCACCGGGGAGUUCACAUUUACUGCAAUUGAUUCGGGUGAACAUCGAAUUUGUUUUAAUCCACAAUCAUAUGGAUGGAUUUCUAAGAUCAAGACCAAAGUUAAUAUCGACUUUACAAUUGGUGAGGCGAAAGUAUUCGAUAGUAAAAACAAAGAUGCAAUCGGGACUUUAACAUCAAGAGUUAAAGUAUUAACUAAUAAAGUUAAUGAGAUUAGAAGAGAACAAAAAUUAAUGAGAGAUAGAGAAGCAUUAUUUAGAGAUCAAAGUGAGAGCACGAAUUAUAGAGUAGUUAAAUGGUCAAUGAUUCAAUCUUUAGUUUUAACUGGAACUUGUAUUUGGCAAAUGAGACAUUUGAGAACAUUUUUUGUUAAACAAAAAUUGGUAUAGUUUUAAUUAAAUUUAAUUAAGGUACCCAUAAUAAUAUUUAUGAUCUUAUUUAUUUUAUUUUAUUUUAUUUUCAAUUUUUUUUUCAGUUAUUUAUUUUCAUAUUUUGGUAAGAAAGAAAAACAUGAUCAUUUCAUUAUCACCAUGAUUUAUUUAUAUAAAUGUAUAAAUGUACAAUAUUCUAUUUUAG